UAUUUUGCGCGACAUGGCGUCAAAGUCCUCCGAGUCAAUGGCUGCAACUGUAACUGCAACUGCAAUCGCCUUCUUUCGUGCGAGAAGUCAGCCGUGAACAUGUCGAGGCCGUCGACCCCAAGGUGGCCCGCAGAACAUCCCGACAUCCCGCUCAUUUCGGACGACGACGACUUUGGAGAACUGGCCAGGAAACUCUCGUUCUACUUCACCGAUGCCAUCACGCUUCCACACACGUUUGAGGAAUUACGAAGCCUUCCAUGCGGUCGGAUCCUGACGCCUCUCAUCGCCUACAUUUCUGAUAAUGUGCAUCAUCCCGCUGUUGUCUGUGCUCUUCUAGCCUUAAAAGCGCAUUUCUCGGCAUUGGAAGAAGCCAGUGAUGAGCCGGGCGUCAACGAAGCCAGGGGCUAUGCUUGCGAGCUAGUUGCAUGGCAAUUCUUGACGAAUCUUUCGGAGAGGGAAGCGAUAGAUUUCCUUCUCCUUGAGCUCCCGCCGGCCAUAUCUUCUCCGGACAACUCCCAGGAUGAAGAGCGUGAUAGUGUAUCUCACCAGAAUGGUGCUUCCGCCAAUUUGCGAGGUGAAGCUACACCUCUUUUAGGUUCUCGGCGAUUUGGACGAACGUCGUCAUAUUUUGGGACGGAUAGCGUGGCCGCCACUUUGACUACAGAUAUCAGUCAUUCUGAUAACUUUGCAUCGCAGUUCGAAAACCUGAGUGCUCUAGAGAUUGCCUCCGUGUCUGAUGCGAAGAAAUUUCUUAGCCAACGACCAGUACAGAAAAUCAUUAAUGGUGUUUGGCGGGGCGAUAUCGUUUUCUGGGAGACUCUCAGCGUGAACUCGGUCAAAUGUCCCAAGCUGUACAAUCGCAGACGCGGUGACCCAUUCUGUCGUUUACGAGUCCCUCGAUAUCUGAAGAUCUUCGAGACAAUCUUCUUCGCCACUUUUCUUGCCUUGUACUAUGCAGUGCUUGUCCAGCGGAGUUUCUCUCAUGUAACCCCGUCCGAGGUUCUACUCUACAUCUGGAUUGCUGGCUUUGCGUACGACGAGUUGGGGGACUGGAUUGACGCAGGUCAGACUAGCUUCUACGCGUCUGACUUCUGGUGGAUCUGGGACAUUAGCAUCGUUUUAGUUGGGACGAUCUUCUUUGCCCUAAGACUCAUCGGUCUGAGCAUAGCUUCAACGAGCAUAAUAGAUCUAUCUUACGACGUUCUCGGCCUCGAAGCGUUGUUCCUGGUUCCACGGAUUUUCGCUCUGCUGAGCUUGAAUCCUUACUUUGGGACAUUGAUUCCAUGCCUUAAGGAGAUGACAAAGGACUUCAUCAAAUUUCUGUCAUUAGUGGUCAUUCUCUAUCUAGGCUUCCUGACCACGUUCACGCUAUUAGCUAGAGACCAGUUCACGCCAAGGGAAAUGAGCUGGAUUUUAGUGAAAGUAUUUUUUGGGUCUUCUUAUCUUGGCUUCGAUGUGGCUCAAGAAAUCUCCCCAUACUUCGGACCACCCGUCAUGUUGGUUUUCGUGGCUUUGACGAACAUCCUCCUCAUUACGUCCCUCAUUUCGUUGCUUUCUAAUUCCUUGACCAAGGUACUGGAUCAUGCACGAGAGGAGUAUCUGUUCAUUUAUUCCGUAUACGUCCUGGAAGCAUCGGCUUCAAAUCGCCUGACGUAUUAUCUUCCCCCAUUGAAUCUGAUCCCGCUGGUUGUCCGCCCGCUCCGGCUCAUGCUGCCUUCGGAGAGACUACGGAGUGCGAGGAUCAUUUUGCUGAAAGCAACUCAUCUCCCUUUCGUUGGGGCAAUCUGGGCUUACGAACAGUUCACUGAUUCACGGAAGCGGCGCCCUGGCGCACCUUCCAUCAGCGGACCUGAAACGCCUACCACGGCGAAACGAGUUCUUCUGAGAUCUUCUUUGAAUUCUCCGCGCCCGUUGGCAGCGGGCUUCCAAGCCACGGUUGAGGGGAAUGGAAAUGCGCCUGGCAGAUCGCAACCUACGAAUCGGCCUCACACCAGAGGGGGUCCGCCUGAGUCGGACUCUCCGUUGAAAUCCUUCAACAGCAGCGUGAAGCGAGCUAGGUCACUUGAUGGCCGGCGCUUCCAUUCGUGCAAGAGAUGGCCCCACGCACACUGACACCUGUCACAGCGAGCCGGGCUAAAAGCGAGGCAGGUCACUUUAUCCUCACUCCAUGAAAAAUUGAUGAAAUUGGCGCGUCUGCGAAUGGUCGGUGUUGGUGUCUCACAGGUCAAAGAACAGCAGUGUAGCAAAUGAAUGAUGGUU